GACCCGAUCCAAGCCAGAGUCUUAACCACACACCAAACCCUUCUAUUUGCUCUCAUAUCAGAUGGAAACCCUACAUCUGCUCUUCACACUAACUGCAGCUGCCUCUGCAUAUCUUCUCUGGUUCUAUUUACUUUCAAGAAAAUUAACCGGUCCCAAAGUAUGGCCACUUUUCGGAUCUCUUCCGGCUCUCUUCAUGAACCGGAGUAGAAUCCACGAUUGGAUGGCCGGGAACCUCCGCGGAACAGGUGGCGCCGCCACUUACCAGACUAGCACGAUCGCCAUUCCUUUCUUUGCUCUCAAACAAGGGUUUUAUACUGUCACUUGUCACCCGAAAAACAUUGAGCACAUUCUUCGAGCCCGGUUCGAUAAUUACCCUAAAGGUCCUACGUGGCAAACCGCGUUUCAUGAUUUGUUAGGGGAAGGAAUAUUCAACAGUGAUGGUGACACGUGGCUAAUUCAACGCAAGACUGCCGCACUUGAGUUCACGACCCGGACAUUGAGACAAGCCAUGGCUCGCUGGGUUAAUCGGACCAUCAAGAAUCGGUUAUGGAAAAUUUUGGAUAAAGCGGCUAAAGAGAAGGUACACGUGGAUUUACAGGAUUUGUUGCUUCGCUUAACGUUUGAUAACAUUUGCGGACUCACUUUUGGGAAAGAUCCGGAAACUCUCUCACCGGAUCUACCCGAGAAUCCGUUUUCGCUUGCGUUUGACACCGCCACUGAAGCAACUCUUCAACGGCUUCUGUAUCCGGGCUUUUUGUGGCGAUUGGAGAAGUUUUUCGCUUUUGGAUCAGAGAAAAGACUGAGAAAGAGCCUUCAAAUUGUCGAAAAUUACAUGAACGACGCCAUAACAGCGCGUAAAUUAAGCCCGUCAGAUGAUUUGCUGUCACGAUUCAUGAAGAAAACGGACAUUAACGGCAACCACUUCGCGACAUCCGUCCUCCAACGAAUUGCGCUGAACUUUGUCCUAGCUGGACGUGACACCUCAUCGGUUGCUCUCAGCUGGUUCUUUUGGCUUGUCAUGAACAACCCUGAAGUCGAAGAGAAGAUCAUCAAAGAAAUAUCAAGCGUUCUCAGAGAAACACGUGGCAAUGACCAUCAAAAAUGGCUUGAAGAGCCUCUUGUCUUUGAGGAAGCCGAUAGAUUGAUCUUUCUCAAAGCGGCUUUGUCGGAGACACUUCGGCUCUACCCAUCAGUUCCGGAAGAUUUCAAAUAUGUUGUCUCGGACGAUAUUUUGCCAGACGGUACGUAUGUACCGGCCGGUUCAACUGUCACUUAUUCCAUCUACUCUGUUGGGAGAAUGAAGAGUAUAUGGGGUGAGGACUGCAUGGAGUUCAAACCAGAUCGAUGGCUGUCCCCAAAAGGUGACCGGUUUGAACCGCCUAAAGACGGUUAUAAGUUUGUGGCCUUCAAUGCUGGACCUAGGACUUGUUUGGGGAAGGAUUUGGCUUACCUCCAAAUGAAGUCUGUGGCUUCAGCCGUGCUGUUGCGUUACCGGCUGUCGCUGGUUCCCGGUCACCGCGUAGAGCAGAAGAUGUCUCUAACUCUCUUUAUGAAGAAUGGGCUUCGUGUCUACAUGCAUCCUCGUAUCCUUGCAUAGAAUGGCCAUUCCUAUAUAUUUUCAUUCGUCAGGGUUGACAUUCCCAGAGUCAUCACGGCUGGUCGUGCUGUCCUUAAAAUGUUGAUGAAGGCUAUUUUUAUCAUUUAAUGUUAUUUGGUUUCAUAUUUUCUUGUCUGUUGGACUGCCGUUGUAUUUGGUUUAUACAUAUUUACACAGGAAAUUAAGAUUGAAAGUUAUGUAACGUUAAAGUUCCAUUUCAUUGGUUUGGACUUUCAUUUGAUUGUGUGAAUAAAACAUUCAAGUUUAUUCUCGGGA